AUGCCAUUGGCAGAGGUUUCUGCCAUUUCUGCCACCGUUGGAGACUGUGCACCAACCAAUUGUACUUUUUCCAACCUGACAGUUGUGUGUAUAUUUGCGCCCGGGAUCAAAUCGAGAUCAGGAUAUACAAGAAUCUUUUCAAUAGAAUAUGUUGACAUCAAUUUUCAGGAUAAUGAUGAAAAAUGUGAUGAUUUUGGUUUCUCAUUUGAGAAAACUGGAAUUCUUGUGCAUAAGAUGAUCAAGGAAGUCCCUUCUAUAUCAGUUCUGAAACUAUGCAAGGUUUCCCUUACGGAUCUGUACGAAGAGGCUCGCCAAGUAAGAGUCUCUCCCAUAUGCUUUAAUAAGCUGAAGUCCUUAAAACUGAAAUUGGGAGUUGAUGAAGAUCAUAUGCAAGUUAUGAUACAAUUGCUCAAGUAUUUGACUAAUCUGGAGGUUCUAAAAUUGUGGUGCGAUGAGGAUGGAGAAUGGAGAGAGAAUUCUCUAAUGUAUUAUGAAUGGUGUGACUAUUGGCCAGUACGGGAAGAUCAAGGCCGGGGGCAUGAGGUUUUCCACCCGAUCCCCCUUGGUAAAAAAUUACACUGUACAUAUAAGAUGCAUGAUCCUGAAGAAAGCAUUGUGUGCUUGGACUCUCAUCUAAAGUCGAUUCAGUUGAUUGGUUUCAAAGAUGAAGAAAACGAGAUAGAACUACUAAGGAUUUUUCUGAAGAAUGCACGGGUAUUGGAAAAACUUACGAUUGUUUGGGCUGGUUAUGCUCUAAAAUCAGAGGAGGCAUCGAAGAAGGUUUUGAAUAUUCCUAGAACUUCUUCACAAGUUCUUCUGACAUUUCACGAUGCCAAGCUCAAACGGAAGUCUGAUAACUGGUUGGAUUAUUGUUAAAAAACUUACGAUGCCAAGAUGAUUAUUCGAUUGUUAGAUUUACUCUUAUUGGAAUUUUCUGACUUAAAGAUCCAAGUAAGAACCAAACUGUAUUAGACAUGGAUCCUUGUGGUUUAUGAAACUUGUAUGGUGGCAAUAGAGUAACUUUGAAGGUCAAGUCUUGUUUCUACUGGGAAGAAAAAAUUAUGAUGUUGAUGUUUUUGCAACUUGUUAAUCUCACAUUGUUUGUUUAAAAUCAAUAUGUAUGUAAAUGGUAUGUAAGAAAAAAAAAAGAUAUAAAAUCUAGUAACAAAAUUACAUGUAAAGGGCACAACUAAAAAGCUGCACUUCUAAGAAAUUAGAAACCACAGGUAUGUAUUA